GCCCGCUGCCGUCGCCGGACCAGGAGGCCGAGCCGCUGCGCUCACCCAGCCCAGCCCGGCCGGGGCUGCGGGACAGCCGGGGGCCUGGCCGCCCGCCGGGCGUGCGGGAAGUUCAGCCACCACCCGGCACGGCCAGGCCAGCAUGGUGGACCACUUGCUUCCAGUGGACGAGAACUUCUCGUCGCCAAAAUGCCCAGCCGGUUAUCUGGGUGAUCGGCUGGCCGGCCGGCGGGCGUACCACAUGUUGCCCUCACCACUCUCGGAAGACGACAGCGACUCCUCCAGCUUUUGCUCCUGUGCCAGCCCCGACUCACAAACCCUCUGUUCCUGCUACAGUGGCAAUGUGGGCACCAAGGGUCAGGACAGCAUCUUGGACUUCCUGCUGUCCCGGGCCACACUGGGUGGCAGCGGCAGCAUAGGGGUCAGUAGUGGCCCCAUGGCUUGGGGGUCCUGGCGGAAGGCACCAGCACCUGUGAAGGGGGAGCAUUUCUGCUUCUCUGAGUUUUCUGCCGGUGACCCUGAUGAUGUCCUGAGGCCCUUCCAGCCCACCCUUGAGGAGAUAGAAGAGUUCCUGGAGGAGAACAUGGAGCCGGGAGUCAAGGAGGCACCAGACGGCAGCAGCAAGGACUUUGAGGCCUGUGGCCAGCUCUCAGCUGGGCCACCCAGAAGUCACCUGCAUCCUGGGUCUGGUGACAAGGAGCGCUGUACCCCCCCGCCUGGUGGCCCCGGCACCAGCAGUGCCCACAGCCCAGGUGGGGGGCCAGUAUCUGAGGGCCCCAUCCCGGUGCUGCUACAGAUCCAGCCAUUGCCGGUCAAGCAGGAGGCCGGCACAGAGCCAGCCUCCCCUGGGCAGCCCCCAGAGAGCGUCAAGGUGGCCCAGCUCCUGGUCAACAUCCAGGGGCAGACCUUCGCGCUUGUGCCCCAGGUGGUGCCCUCCUCCAAUUUGAACCUUCCCUCCAAGUUUGUACGCAUUGCCCCUGUGCCAAUCGCUGCCAAGCCCAUUGGGUCGGGACCACUGGGACCAGGCCCUGCCGGCCUCCUUGUGGGCCAGAAGUUCUCCAAGAAUCCUUCGGCAGAACUCAUCAAGAUGCACAAAUGCACUUUCCCUGGCUGCAGCAAGAUGUACACCAAAAGCAGCCACCUCAAGGCCCACCUACGCCGGCACACGGGCGAGAAGCCCUUUGCCUGCACCUGGCCGGGCUGCGGCUGGAGGUUCUCGCGGUCUGACGAGUUGUCGCGGCACCGGCGCUCGCACUCGGGCGUGAAGCCGUACCAGUGCCCCGUGUGCGAGAAGAAGUUUGCCCGCAGCGAUCACCUCUCCAAGCACAUCAAAGUGCACCGCUUCCCGCGCAGCAGCCGCGCCGGGCGCGCGGCGAACUGAGCCGCCCGCGCCCCAGCCCCGCGCCCACCCGGGUGUUUUAUAGCAAUAAUUUAUUUGUCUCCUUCCGAGAGACGUGACAGCAUCAUCACCCCCUUGUCGAAG